AUGGUUAAAAACGUCCUCUUACUCGGCUCCGGCUUCGUAGCCAAACCCACCGUCGACAUCUUGGCCAAGACCCCAGACGUCAAAGUCACUGUCGCCUGCAGAACCCUCUCCAAGGCCCAGGAGUUGGCUGGCACCGUGGCUGGCGCUAUCUCGUUGGAUGUGACCGACGAGGCUGCGUUGGACGAACAGGUCGCCAAGGUCGACUUGGUGAUCUCGUUGAUUCCAUACACCUUCCACGUUCUCGUGGUCAAGGCCGCCAUCAAGAACAAGAAGCACGUUGUGACCACCUCGUACAUCAACCCACAAUUGAAGGCGUUGGAGCAAGAAAUCAACGAUGCUGGAAUCACCGUCAUGAACGAGAUCGGCUUGGAUCCAGGUAUUGACCACUUGUACGCUGUCAAGACCAUUGAGGAGGUCCAUGCCCAGAACGGUAAGAUCACCUCGUUCUUGUCGUACUGUGGAGGUUUGCCUGCUCCUGAAAACUCCGACAAUCCAUUGGGUUACAAGUUCUCGUGGUCUUCCCGAGGCGUGUUGUUGGCAUUGAGAAAUGCUGCCAGCUACUGGAAGGAUGGCGAGAUCGUCAACGUCAAGUCGGAAGACUUGAUGGCCACCGCCCAGCCUUACUUCAUCUACCCAGGUUUUGCCUUCGUGUGCUACCCCAACAGAGACUCCACCACCUACAAGGAGUUGUACAACAUUCCUGAGGCCCAAACCGUCAUCAGAGGUACCUUGAGAUUCCAAGGCUUCCCUGAGUUCAUCAAGGUGUUGGUGGACAUCGGAUUCCUCCAAGACGCCGCCAGCGACGCGUUUGCUGCUCCUGUGGCCUGGAAGGACGCCACUGCCCAGUUGAUCGGUGCUGCCUCGUCUUCCGAAGACGACUUGGUUGCCAAAAUCAACCUGUUGACCAAGUUCAAGUCUGAAGACGACCAGAAGCGUAUUCUCGCUGGAUUGAAGUGGUUGGGCUUGUUCUCCGACAACAAGACCACUCCAAGAGGUAACCCCUUGGACACCUUGUGUGCUACUUUGGAGGAGUUGAUGCAAUACGAAGAAGGUGAAAGAGAUUUGGUAUGCUUGCAACACAAGUUCGGCAUCGAGUGGGCUAACGGUGAAACCGAGGUCAGAACCUCCACCUUGGUCGACUACGGUGACCCCAACGGCUACUCUUCCAUGGCCAAGUUGGUGGGUGUUCCAUGUGCAGUUGCCACUCAACAGAUCUUGGACGGAACCUUGAGUACUAGAGGCUUGUUGGCACCAAUGAGCUCCAAGAUCAACGAUAGCAUCAUGAAGACCCUUAAGGACGACUACGGUAUCUUCUUGGUCGAGAAGACUCUCUAG